AUGUCGAAAACAGCCGCUGGCCAAAAAGCCGCCGCACAACAGACGCUGGCGGCGCCGACCGAGACGAGGACCGACGCGAAUGGCCCCAAGGACUUUUUCUGGACAUAUACUGAAGAGCCGCACCGGACGAGACGUCUGCAGAUUAUCAAGAAGCACCCCGAGAUCACAAAGCUCUGCGGCCCUGAGCCUCUCACCAAAUAUGUCGUCGCCGGCGUCGUCGCCCUCCAGGUCGCCCUCGCCGUCUACCUGCAAUCGACGCCCUUUUGGUCCUUGAAGUUUUGGGCCAUCGCCUACGUGAUUGGUGCCACGGCCAACCAGAACCUCUUCCUCGCCAUCCACGAAAUCUCGCACAACCUGGCCUUCAAGAACGCCACCGCCAAUCGCGUCCUCGCCAUCUUUGCCAACCUGCCCAUCGGCAUCCCCUACAGCGCUUCCUUCCGACCCUACCACCUGACGCACCACAAGUCGCUCGGCGUCGACGGCCUCGACACCGAUCUGCCCACCGCCCUCGAGGCCUUCUUCCUCGACUCCAUCUUUGGCAAGACCUUUUUCUGCACCUUUCAGAUCCUCUUCUACGCCAUCCGGCCCAUGACCGUCUACCGCGUCCCCCUCACGCGCAUCCACGCCCUCAACAUUGCCGUCCAGGUCGCCUUUGACGCCGUCCUCGUCCACUUCGCCUCGUCCAAGGCGCUGCUCUACCUAGUGCUCUCGUCUUUCCUCGCCGGCAGCUUGCACCCCGUCGCCGGCCACUUCAUCGCCGAGCACUACGUGUACGAGACGGUCACGCCCGCCCAGCGCGACCCGGCCAACAAGGUCCCCGUCCCCGAGACCUUUUCCUACUACGGGCCCCUCAACUGGCUCACCUACAACGUCGGCCUGCACAACGAGCACCACGACUUUCCCGCCGUCCCCUGGACGCGCCUGCACAAGGUCAACCGCAUCGCCAGCGAGUUCUACGACGACCUCCCCCGCCACGAGAGCUGGGUCUACGCCAUCUGGCGCUUCAUCUGGGACGACAGCGUUGGUAUGAACUGCCGCGUCAAGCGCCAAAAUGGCGGCCGUGUCGUCGGUGGCGCUGUGAGCUGGAAGGAGAGUGAAAUUCAAGCGUAG